ACUCGGGCUGCGGCCGGGGCGGGCCGGGGCCAUGGGGCUGCCGCUGCCGGGCUAGGGAGGGCGGGCGCGGCUGGGCCCGCGGCGAUGGCGGGCUACGCGCGCCGCCCGGGCGUCCCCCCGCUGUCCCGGGCCCGGAGCCUCGUCAUUCCGGACGCUCCAGCGUUCUCUGAGCGCCGGUCCUGUCUCCCCCAGCUAGACUGUGAGCGCCCCCGUGGCGGGGACCUGGACUCCCACUUCUUCGGCAUUCGGCCGACGUUUAUGUGCUAUGUGCCCAGUCCGGUGCUAGCUUCCGUGGGAGACACAGAUUUUGGCUUUGGAAAGGGGAAGUGUACUAAGCAAGGUCCAUCGGGAGCCCAGGAGACACAUUUUGGAGAUGAUAAACUUGAUGAUCUUGAAGAGACAAAUCCAUUCUCCUUUAAAGAGUUUCUGAAAACUAAGAGCCUUGGCCUGUCGAAAGAGGACACAACCAACAGCAGGAUUUAUUCAAAGGAAACCCCGAGGCACUCACUGGGACUCGACCGCGACUCCCCAGCCUCUCAAACCGGGGCGUACGGCCUGGAAUAUCAGCAGCCUUUCUUCGAAGACCCGACGGGGGCUGGUGAUCUCCUGGACGAGGACGAGGAUGAGGACGAUGGGUGGAACGGGGCCUACCUGCCGUCUGCUGUGGAGCAGACCCACUCCUCGAGGGUGCUUGCCAGCAUGUCGCCCUGCAGCACAUACGUCUCCUUUUUCUCCAACCCGUCGGAGCUGGUGGGGCCCGAGUCUCUGCCCCCCUGGACACUCAGUGACUCCGACUCCCGCGCUUCUCCAUCGGGGAGCCCCAGUGCAGACUUUGCCGCCCACGGAGAGUCUCUGGGAGACAGGCACCUUCGGACGCUGCAGAUAAGUUACGAAGCACUGACAGAUGAAAAUGCUAAGCUAAGAAGAAAGCUGACUGAGGUCCAGAGCUUCUCUGAAACUCAGACAGAAAUGGUGAGGACCCUUGAGCGGAAAUUAGAAGCAAAAAUGAUAAAGGAGGAAAGUGACUAUCAGGAUCUGGAGUCCGUGGUUCAGCAGGUGGAGCAGAACCUGGAGCUGAUGACGAAACGGGCUGUAAAGGCAGAAAAUCACGUUAUGAAACUCAAACAGGAAGUAAGCUUGCUCCAGGCGCAGGUCUCGAACGUCAGGCGGGAGAAUGAAGCCCUGCGGUCGGGCCAGGGCGCCAGCCUGGCAGUGGUGAAGCAGAACACCGAGGUGGCCCUGCAGAACCUCCACGCUGUCAUGAACAACGCACACUCAUCCAUCAAGCAGCUGGUUUCUGGAGCUGAAACAUUGAAUCUCGUUGCUGAAAUCCUUAAAUCUAUAGACAGAAUUUCUGAAAUUAAAGGUGAGGAGGAGGAGCCUUGAGAACCACUGACACGCUCCAGCUCGCAGCCUGUUUACAUCCUGACAUCACUACUCGCUGGAUUUAAAAAUGCCGUUGUGUCUUUAAACAUGCAGCCUCACCCGUAGUAAACACACUCCUCAUGAGAUGCUGAUUUCAUGACCUCCAGCGGUAUUACUUCUCCGCCUGAGGAGCAGCUCCUGUGCGUGAGCGCUGCCCAGUGCCACCUAUGCAGCGCCCCCCCCAACGCCGCUGCGUUACAAACUAAUAAGUUAUCGGAAGACGUUUUUAUAAAAGCUGGUGAUUUUUUAAAGUUACUAAACAUGAAAACAGCAGUUGUGUAAUAAGGGUUUUCCAUUACAUUCCAGAACAUUAUUUGUAAGAUAAGUUCGCUUGAUCGUCCUUGACUUCGUAAAUAGAGAAAAACACUAAGUGAGCCGUGGUUUUGGUGGUCGCCUUGGAUGGGGACUUGUGCCUUUCCGCCGUCGCUCAGUGCCCCUCUGGCUCCCAGUCCACGCCGGCAGCCUUCACAGGGGUGGCUCCUGUGGUUGGUGGCCUGAGCACGGACGCCUCACAUGGUGGAUGCUGCCGACCUCCCACAGGGACCAGGGUCGGCACAGGCAUUCCGUGGUCUGAGGCCGUCUACACAUACAUCUCUCUG